UAAAAAUCACGUUUAAUUGAAAACAUAACAGUGAACAAUAACAUAGUUUCGGUCGUGAAUGGUCAUGUCGCGAAGUAGCGAAACUACGGACAUGACUACAGAAGAACAAUCAAUUAAUUUAAUUGAAAACAUGACUAAAAUGCAUCCAGUUGAUCAGUUUGCCUGCAAACUGGUAAACUACACUUCUAGAUUUAAUUAUACACAAAGUCAAUCUUAUGCACCACAAAACAUCACUGGCAGAUAUGUUAUUUAUCCAUCUUACGGUGACUUUCCAGAUACUUACUUUCUUCGAUCUUAUGGGAAAUGGUGGAUAAACAGGGUAGCACAUCAAAUAGAAUACAUGCCACAAGAUAAAGAUCCACUGGCAGCUGAAGACUACAUAACUGUGAGAUUUGAAAUUCCUGUAGUACCUAGAAAUGUAUGCAUCUAUGAGGUUUACAAUCCCGGAUCAAUUGUUAGAAUUUGGGGCACCCUAUCAAAAAAUGAAUCCUGUUGGAUAUUGUUAUGGGAGGGAAAACCACAGAAGUGUACCAACAAAUCCAGAAAAUUCCAUCCCAAAAUCAAAUUUACUAAUAAACUCAUCAAUACCAUUCGAUUAGAAUUCAAUCAGAGUGAACUGGAUUAUCACACAUCAAUUGAUGCUGUCCUUCUUGGUGGUUACAUGUCAGAAAGUUUACUACUGUUUGGUGUCCUCAAAGAACAACUACCAUUACUGGAUGUAAAACAAAUAAAAUCACAACAAGAAGACUUUACAAAAUUUGAACUUGUUUGUUAUGAAAAUAAAGAAGAUUACUUUUCAAACUUACCAUAUGAGUUAGUGACACAUAUAUUUCAAUAUUUGGACCUUAAAUCGUUGUGUAGAUGCGCUCAAGUCAACAAACGAUGGUCGGAAAUAGCUCGUGAUGCAGCACUUUAUACAAAUUUAAGUUUAAAACGAUAUUGGUACAUCAUGAAUGGAAAACUUCUACGAGAUUUUCUUCCUAAAAUUAAGGGUAUAAAAAAAUUGGAUUUGUCUUGGUGCGGGAAUAAUUGUCUCGAAUUUCCACUUGUGGUUAAUAAAGUGUUGAUUGAACAGAAGACAACCUUAACACAUUUAUCAUUGAACAACUGCGAGUAUGUAAAUAACUCUCUUAUCGAAAACAUAUCUCGGUGCAAAGAAUUAAUAGAUUUACGACUAAAGAAUACUACGUUUUGGCGUAUCUCGACACUAGACGAACUCAAUAAAUUGGUGAGUUUGGAUCUGACUGACACGAUGAUCCAAGACAACGAUUUAAUUAAAAUACUCCGAUCGAAUCCGAAUUUGAAACACCUCAUCAUCGAUUUAUGCAAAGACUUGCGCCGUUUGGACCACGUGGUUGCAGUAGCUGCUCAACAUAACAAACAACUCGAGAGUUGGAGCUCCUGGAAAUGUGAAUCCAUGACUUAUGAGGGCGCCCGUUCCUUCGGUCAACUCCACCAAUUGACCGAUCUAGAUUUGGGUUGGUGUUUGUUAACGACGCAUCCGGGAGACUGUCUGCACGAAAUUGCAAAAGGUUGUCCAAAACUAAGACGUUUGAUAUUAGCCGAAUGGAGGGGCAUCACCGAUGUGUUAUUGCUACCGAUUAUUAAACGAUGUUCCAAGUUAGAAGAGUUGGAUCUGCUCGGAAUUCGUGGCAUAAGUCCGGAUAUAGUGAGGACGGCGUUCAAAUCUCUACCGGCGCUUAAAUUGUUAGAUCUCAGCUAUUGUAUGGACAUCGAUCAGGAUUACGUGAUGUUGUGGAGGGAGGAGUAUCCUCACAUAACAAUUCAACGUAGCUACCAAUACAUAGUGAAUGAAUAUUGGAUGAAUUGAAUUUGUUCAUUAUGGAAAAUAAAUCAAAUUUUAUUCUAA